UAUAAGAGUUAGCGGGCCCACUUUGCUCUCAUUUCAAUUUACGCUUUGCCAAAUACUAUUCAAGUGUUCAAUUACUAAGUGAUAUGUUCUUAUAACAAUAGACUUGAAUCAAGGAUUAGCAAUCGGACAAUCAUGACGCCAGUUAUACUCUUAACAUUUGCGUUCCUUUCAAAUGCCUACGCUUAUCACGACCCGGACCUUAACUACCAUUUAAGCCAAGUGCAAACUAUACAAGGCUGUGGCGAUGGCGGCUACUCAUAUCCCACUCCAGCUGUACAAUUAACCACAGCCGGUGUACAGGCGACAGUAGCACCAAGACUCAUUGAACCAAUACAACAAUCUCCAGUAAAUACGUACAAUCGUCAAGGUGGAUACGCAAAAGCAACCUUCUUCGAACCAGCCCAGCAACAAGUUUCAUAUCAAUCCCAUCCGAGUUAUCAAGGGCCCCAAAAUUUCGGCGUUGAAUCGUACAAUAAUGUACAGAGUGAACAACAUGGUUAUGCAACUUCUGAAGGAUUGUCAUCAGCGGCCCAAACGAGAACUGUAAUUCCAUCGGCGACUUACGCCCAAGCACCUAUAAUAGCAAAAAUAACAGCAGCACCCUUACACGCCAAGUUCUCAUUAGCACCAGUAAAAACAACCUACAACUCUCAAAAUCAUAUAUCUCAAGGUACUAUAGUUGCAACAGGUUCAUUAGCCAAGGCGUCACUAAAUUCAUAUAGUGCCCAAUCAAUUGGACCAGUGGUGUCUCAAGUAUUCGCCGCUCCCAGUGCUGGUUACACAACCUCGUCAGCAUUAAGGGCUCAACCAGCAAAUCCCACUGUCUUCGCUUCAACAAAUCAAUACAAUCAAGGUUAUACAAAUACUGGUUAUACAUCAACUUUUAACCAGUACAAUCAAGGAUCUGCGAAUAUAGCAAAAGUAUCUACAUUGUACAGUGCACCUCCAGUCUAUAGAGCCCCACAAGCAGCCCAAUAUUCUGUUAAUUAUGGGCAAAUCGAUCAACAUGCAGCUGUACAGUACUCUGCACAGCCUGUGGUGCAGUAUUCUCAGCCUGCUGUAGUACAAUAUAAAGCUCCAGUGAUCACUCAGCACGUUGCACCAGCAAUACAAUAUACUCCCGUGUCUCAAGGUGCAUCUAACAUCGCCCACUACACACCCACUGCAGUACAACAGAUCGUCCCUGCGGUUCCGCAUGUCUCUCGUAUAAGUGCUGUCUCUGGAUCUUCUGCACAUCUUUCUAAGAAUGUGCACACGGAGUUUUUGGAAAACUAUGAUUCUCACCCUCGGUAUGCCUUCGAGUAUGGCGUGAAUGACCCACAUACAGGUGACAUCAAACAGCAAAAGGAAGAACGUGAUGGAGACGUAGUCAAAGGUCAAUAUUCACUGGUAGAACCGGACGGGUCCGUGCGUACUGUGAACUACGUCGCCGAUUGGGAAACUGGUUUCCACGCUGACGUCCACAAUAGCAAAGACAGCAAACAUUGAAAAUUCCUAUUUCGAAUACGACCAAGCGAAGCCGAGUCAGGACUAAUAGUUAAGGAAUUUAAAAAGUACCUAUGUUAUUUUUUUAUUUAGAACGCUGAAAAAAUAUACAAGAAUUCAAAUUUACAUUUCAUUAUUUCAAUUCAGAAGUAAUGGCACAAAAUAAUCGUUAUUACAUAACACAAUGUAUUUUUUUUAACUUUUAUGUUAUCAGAUAUUAAUUCAUGAUUGAAUGUUUUCUUUUAAUUUGAAGCACUGACAUUACUUUACGUAAUUAAAAAUCUGUUGGUUUUUACUUGCAUUAUUCGUGCCAUAAAUUUUAUACACUAUUUUUAAAUCUAGCAGAAAA